AUGGCGACUCGACAGACGGCAAGCGGGGAUGGCCCGGACAGCAAGACAAGCGUGGGCCUGCGGAACUUCCAGUUCACCUUCAACUGCUCGUCCAUGUCGUGCGGAUCGAGCCGCUGCAUCGAGGCCGAGGCGAUGCCCGAGCAAAUAAGAGAGUCGUCGGUGUCUCUAUCCGAGAGCGUGCAAACCUUUCCCGAGGAGUUUGGGCGCACCUACCACGCUUAUCGCGCGGGCUCCUACGCAUUCCCCAACGACCUCCCAGAGCAAGAGCGAUUGGCACUACAGGGCGAGGCGCUGAAGAAGCUCUUUGACGACAGGCUCUUCUUUGCCCCCCUCUCUCAGUCAACGCCCCCGCGGACCAUUCUCGACGUGGCCACGGGCGUCGGCGACUGGGCCAUUCAGAUGGGCGACCUGUUCCCAGACUCGGAAGUCAUCGCCACCGAUCUGUCGCCCAUCCAGCCCAAGCAGGUGCCCCCAAACGUCAACUUUUACGUCGAGGACUCCUCGGACCCGUGGGAAUACUCGCAACGGUUUGACUUCAUCCACACGCGGGCCACGGCCGGUUGCUGGGCCUCGUUCGAAAAGCAAGUCGCCGAGCAAGCCUUUGCCACCCUGGAGCCUGGUGGCUGGUUUGAGUCACAGGAAAUGGACAGCGUUGUGGCAUGCGACGACGGGACUCUGGACCCCGAUGGGCCUAUGGUCCGGUGGUUUCAAGAGCUGACCAUGGCGGGACAAAGGUGCGAUCGUUCUUUUGUGCUCGGCGCCACGCUCAAGGAGGUGUACGAGCGCGUUGGCUUCGUUGAUGUGCAGCAGCGCAUUUUCAAGAUCCCAAUCAAUGGAUGGGCCAAGGAGGAGCGGUUCAAGGAGCUGGGGCGCAUGUGGGAGAAGAAUAUUGGCACGGGCCUGAGCGGCUUCUCUUUCAGACUGUUCAACCGAGCCUAUGGCCGGAGCCCCGCUGAGAUUGAGGUGAGCUUUGAUGCCGAGCAUGCUGCUUCUUGA